CACACAAGGUGUGACUGUUGAUUACCUAGAUAGGUGGCAGCACAGGUGUAAAACCACUUACCUUUCUAGCCUUACCUGAUCGAGAAAAAUUGACCUUAUUAAAUGUAAAGAUGGCGACACACCUGUUGGAUUUACGAUGGUUAUUGCUUUUCUUAUAUAUCUUCACUUCUUCAAGAUGUAAUGCAGCCUGUACUUUCCCAAUUGGUAUCAUGGAGAAUUCUAUUCAUAUGAAGAGGGGAAAAAUAAAAUCACUCAAAUUAAUGCAAACAAUUGGGGUGAUUAUACCUGUGAAGACAUUCAGACUUUUAGUGAAACCAUCAAUAAAGCUAUAAAUGCCAGCAAUGCAAUCAUUUUAGUGAAAGCAAAGAAUUGUUACAGCUGUAUAUAUGUCAUGUACAGAACAGUCAAUAUACUUCAAUACAAAGUUACCUCUUGCACUCCCUCAGUUAUUAAGAUUGGAGAUAGUGCUUUCUGUGAAAUAAAAAUGCCACAAUUAGCAUCACAGUUAACGACUAUGUACUUAUUAAAACCCAAAAAGGUUAGUUGCAAAACUACAUUUGAAGGAAUGUACCAUUUCACUUAUGAAAAAGAAGAAGGUGCUGGUGGUAUUUGCAGUUCACCGAAGAAUAUAAUUAAAGCUUGCCAAGAACCUGGUUCAGCCUAUGUUGAUAAUCAGGUUUUUCUCAUGAGCUAUGGGAGAUGUCAGGACAAUAUCUACACAGAAGAUAAACAGAUUCGUUACCAGUGCAUGGGAAGUUGGGUUAAUGAUGAAGGCUACUUACUUGCUGGAAUUUCUAAUGUUGUUGCAAAUGAGGAAAGAGAAAGAUUCAAAUGUCUGCUCACCAAUAAAGAUCAGAAUCCAAGAGAAAAUAAAAGAAAAUGGGUGAAAUCUCGUUUCUCUGAAUGUAGAACGUUAAAGAAUAUUUACAGUGGACAUGAACGUUUGGAAUUGGUACCUAUGCCUCCAGCUACCAAGUUAGUGCAACCAUCUUGUAACUUACCCAGGAAUCUGACAGGAACAUGGUUUCACGUUGCUGAAUUUCAAAGUGAUGUGAAAAUUAAUGACACUCACAUUUACUUUAAGACUCACAUUGACAAGUUCACUUAUGAAGAACAGUAUUACUCAUGUCAACAAACUCUUGGCACUAGAUAUUUGAUGUCAAAAAUUGUCGUUGGAAAAUGUGAAAUUGAUUUUGUUUGUUUUGAUAUUCAACCAAGACAUCACAGUAUUGUGAGAUUUAGAGUUGGUAAACAUUUAUUUGUAGGAAAACCAAACCGAUUAGCACAUAAUGAACUGGACUCAAACUUCCUAAUGAAGAAAUUUCGUCAGUCCUGCACGUGGCAAGCAUUUGUUAUGAACAGAGAUGAUUUCAAUUGGAAAUAUGACUACUUUAUCUUUAACCCGCCUACUCCAGUUCCAUGUCCUAUUGGAGGACGCUACUCAUUUAUACAAACAGGUUUUACUAAUGAGUAUUAUACAACCCGUAUCAGAGGUAUUACAGACAAACCCCGUGUGCAAGUGGAUUGCCGAAAUGUCCAGAGUGAAGCUAAGUCUUGCACCCAGGAUAUGACAAAAUUUGAGAUUGAUGUUGAAUAUUGUGAAACAGUUGAUUAUCGUGGCAGGCCUAUUGGAGAAUAUGAUGAACCAGACAAUAUUCUGAAAUGUGUCGGUUAUUGGAUGGAAGACUUAAGAUCAUACCUGAUCACUUAUGAUGAUGAAGAUGCCAUUUCUAAUUUCAGAUGCUGGGUUUAUGAGCGUCUGUCUUGGACAAGUUUAAUCAUGUCACGAGCUGCAAAUGCCAAAUGUAAAAGAGAACAAACUGCUCAUUCAGCCUCAGGUGAUGGAUCAACCCUAAGGGUGGAACUGACGGAAAGUGAAAGACUUUGUAAGUUUGUUGUUUGCAUAUUUAUUAUUCCCUUUCAAAACAAAUCUUGGAUUUGA